AUGAUAGUGUUGAGUGAGUGGUGUCUCCCUCUGGAAGCGAUGGCUUUGACUCGAAAACACUCAUCCCUUGUCUUCUUCAUCGUCUCAAUUGUGUCGACGCAUCCAAUCAUGUCUUUGCGUAAUGUUGUGGACAACGAGUGCGGAUCAGUUAACCCAAUGGUCGGCCUCUCCCGGCAUUACGUCAGGGAUAACGCCUUCUCGCAGACAAAGCACUCAUCGGCGGCCACUUCUUCGGCCACAUUCACGCCAUUAGGUUCUGAUGUCCAACAGUUUGUCAAUGAGUUCAUUGCCGACAAACACGCCUCCAAUCAGACCACAGCCGAUGACCAGCCCUUCCGGAUGGACAGUCUCUUGCGUGAAGUGCAACGACUGGACGACAGCCCUGUUAUCGACGACUCUUUGGGCACUUUUGGCCGAAGGGGUGAUCAGUGGACCGACGAGUUCAGCGCCGGCCAUGAGUUGGACUACAAAUUGGGUUUCGGUUUAGAGGGGAGACAGAGAUCUCUGCAGGAGAUGUCGGACGCCAAGUGGGCCGACGAGUACUUGGCUGAGACUGAGAGACACUUUAUGGCUAAUCCCGCGGACACUACUAAUGCUAGCAAUCAAUGGCUGAAUGAGAGCGCGACCGACGACUCCUUGAAUUUGGCCGAAGAGGCGAACAAAUUGAUGGAAUCGAUUGAUCCGUCUCUUAAUGAGACAGAAUUCGUACAAUUUGUCAAAAAGAUCGGUAAUUCAGAGCUCGCUUUAGACAACGAGGGGUUCGUAAUGAGCAGUUCGGCCACCGCUGACCACUGGGCACAAGAUUUUACUACAAUGAAAGAAAGGGCCGACACUUGGGCUCAAGAAAUGGUGAGCGAAUUGACGAAUCAGAGGACAAGUGAGGACGAGAAGCACGAUUUGGACGACGACACAGAGUUUUGGUCGAAACUGGCGAAGGACUGGAAGGAAAUGGGUUUAGUGGACGACAACUCAUCGGCCGAUAGCCAACAGUUCUUGGAUUUGAACUCAAUGGACGCCAAAGAGGAAUAUAAGUUUAACGAAGAGAAUCCACUGCUGGAACACCCGAACCCAUUCGAAGAAGGGCUUAAUAAGCUUAGAGAGGGUGACAUCCCGUCGGCUGUCCUCCUGUUUGAAGCGGCCGUUCAGAAGGAGCCAAACAAUGCACUGAUUUGGCAACACUUGGGCACCACUCAGGCCGAGAACGAACACGACUCGGCGGCCAUCGCCGCACUCAACAAGUGUCUGUCACUCGAGCCAAACGACUUGAAGGCGUUGAUGGCACUGGCGGUCAGCUAUACCAACGAAUNUCCCGUCGGCUGUCCUCCUAAGGAGCCAAACAAUGCACUGAUUUGGCAACACUUGGGCACCACUCAGGCCGAGAACGAACACGACUCGGCGGCCAUCGCCGCACUCAAUAAGUGUCUGUCACUCGAGCCAAACGACUUGAAGGCGUUGAUGGCGCUGGCGGUCAGCUAUACCAACGAAUCGAUGCAAAACCAGGCCUGCAAUACGUUGAAGGAGUGGAUCAAACGUAAUCCCAAAUACCAAAAUUUAUUACCUCACGACACGGCGACCGCACAACCAAUUGGCGAACCGUUUGGCUUCGGACCGGCCUAUACUGUCUCCUCUAUCAUCACAUCCGGAAAGCAUCGGGAAGUGAAAGAGUUGUUUAUAGCGGCCGCCCGUCAGUCGCCCAACGAUGCGGACGCCGACGUUCAGUGCGGUUUAGGCGUCCUCUUUAACCUGUCGGGCGAAUACGAGAGAGCGGCCGACUGUUUCCAGUCGGCACUGCAGGUGCGACCCAAUGACAGUCUCCUCUGGAACCGAUUGGGCGCCACUUUGGCCAAUGGCAGCCAAUCGGAAGAGGCGAUCAACGCCUACCGCGAGGCUUUGGCCAUUAGCCCGGGUUUCAUUCGGUCGCGUUUUAAUUUGGGCAUCAGUUGCAUCAAUUUGGGCGCCUAUCGCGAGGCGGCCGAACACUUUCUCACUGUCCUUAACCUUCAGGCCGCCGGUCGCGGCCCAGUGGGCAGUCGUCCGCAGGUUUACGAAAAUUGUUCUUAA